AUGCCAGAAAACAGCAUCCGCUUUCCGGGCUCAGCCUUAGUUUGCAACGACAAGGCUAAAUGCUCUAAGGUCAGAAUCACGGGUAAAUAUGGGACCUGUUUUGAUGCCUCCCUCAGGAGAAUGGUGAAGGAAAUUGAAGUCCGCCAGCACGCCAAGUACACUUGUUCCUUCUGAGGUGAAACCAAAAUGAAGAGCUGAGUUGUGGGGAUCAGGCACUGGGGUUCCUGCAUGAAAAUUGUAGCUGGUGGUGCCGGAACCUCCCAGCCCACUUCUGCAGUCACAGUAACGUCUGCCCUCAGAAGACUGAAGACAUGCAAAGGCCAGUAA